AUGAGUGCUUCGGAGCACACUGCAGAGCGCCUGCAUGGAGGAUGCUCCUGUGGCAGAAACCGCUACGCGAUCUCUAUUCCUGGCAACACACUCCGCCAGGCCGAGGUGUUUUUCUCGGGCAGUCGAGAUCACAGACAUGCCCAAGGCGCUCCACUCUCUGCGUGGCUUCAUGUGCCACUCACAUGGUUCCAGUCGCAGACUGUCUCCUACUAUCCAGACGAGACACAUGCCUCGAUCCGACGGACAUUCACGCCGCUUCAUGCUCCACAUGAACAGCGCAAUUUCUGUGGCUUCUGCGGAACUCCGUUGACCUAUUGGACCGAAUCGCCGCCAGAGGAAGCCGAAUUCAUGUCCGUAGCGCUUGGUAGCCUAUUUAGCGACGACCUAGGUCUAUUGGAGGAUCUAGACUUGUUGCCAGCCGAUGUGAUCGAAGCCACUAGUCAUGACGAGGCAACGACCACAAGCCUGCCAUCCCGGAGUGGCGCAUCAACGGCGGUGUCAGCACCAACAACUGACUCGUCCGCUGCAGUAGCUUCGACCUCGUUUCCAUUUGAGACAUAUAGUCGACAAGGAACUAUAGCAGGGAUACCGUGGUUCGAGCAGAUGAUUGAGGGUAGCCAAUUAGGGCGGAUCAUGAGAAGUCGACGUGGCGUUGGUGUCAGCGACGACCAACUAACGACAUUUGAAUGGGAAAUUAGUGAAUGGCAAGGGGGCAGUGAUGUUGGGAUGAAGGCAACAAGCGAAUCACCAGGCCCUAAAAGAAAAGCCGAUGAGAUGGCCGGUAUUUAA